CCGGGGGCGCGGGCCGGGGGCUGCGGCACUCCAGCCGGGGCCGAGUGCCGUGUCGGUCCGCGGUGACCGCGCCGCCCGGGCGAUGCCCGCGGGGACGCCGCCGGCCGCCGGAGCGAGGUGCUACCCGCCGCUACCAUGACAGAGAGCGUGCAGGCGGCCGACGAGGUCCGAGUGCCCCUGGGCGCGCCAGCCCCGGGCCCUGCGGCGGGGGCGUCCCCGGCGAGCUCUGGGGCCCCGGGGCCAGAGGCGGAGCGGGGGUCGAGGCCCGGUGCGUCGCCCCCCCAGAGCCCGGCGGCCAAGCGCGGCGCGGAGCUGGGCGCCGACGAGGAGCAGCCCGUCCCGUACCCGGCACUGGCGGCCACCGUCUUUUUCUGCCUCGGGCAGACCACGCGGCCGCGCAGCUGGUGUCUCCGGCUGGUCUGUAACCCGUGGUUCGAGCACGUCAGCAUGCUGGUCAUCAUGCUCAACUGCGUGACCCUGGGCAUGUUCCGCCCCUGUGAGGACGUCGAGUGCCGCUCGGAGCGCUGCAGCAUCCUGGAGGCGUUUGACGACUUCAUCUUUGCCUUCUUCGCGGUGGAGAUGGUCAUCAAGAUGAUCGCCCUCGGGCUGUUCGGGCAGAAGUGCUACCUGGGCGACACGUGGAACAGACUGGACUUCUUCAUCGUCAUGGCGGGCAUGAUGGAGUACUCUCUGGAUGGACACAACGUGAGCCUCUCGGCCAUCCGGACAGUGCGUGUGCUGCGGCCCCUCCGUGCCAUCAACCGUGUGCCCAGCAUGAGGAUCCUGGUCACCCUGCUGCUGGACACGCUGCCCAUGCUCGGGAACGUCCUCCUGCUCUGCUUCUUUGUCUUCUUCAUCUUCGGCAUCGUGGGUGUCCAGCUUUGGGCUGGCCUGCUGCGCAACCGCUGCUUCCUGGACAGCACCUUCGCCAGGAACAGCAACCUCAGCUUCCUGCGGCCAUACUACCAGCCGGAGGAGGGUGAGGAAAACCCCUUCAUCUGCUCCUCUCGCCGGGACAACGGCAUGCAGAAGUGCUCACACAUCCCCAGCCGCCGUGAGCUGCGCGUGGAGUGCACGCUGGGCUGGGAGGCCUAUGGGCAGCCACAGGCCGAGGGUGCAGGUGGCACGGACCACCACACCUGCAUCAACUGGAACCAGUACUACAAUGUGUGCCGCUCGGGCGACUCCAACCCACACAACGGGGCCAUCAGCUUCGACAACAUCGGCUAUGCCUGGAUCGCCAUCUUCCAGGUGAUCACGCUGGAGGGCUGGGUGGACAUCAUGUACUACGUCAUGGAUGCCCAUUCCUUCUACAACUUCAUCUACUUCAUCCUGCUCAUCAUUGUGGGUUCCUUCUUCAUGAUCAACCUGUGCCUAGUGGUGAUCGCCACGCAGUUCUCGGAGACGAAGCAGCGGGAGAGCCAGCUGAUGCGGGAGCAGCGGGCCCGCUACCUGUCCAACGACAGCACGCUGGCCAGCUUCUCAGAGCCUGGCAGCUGCUAUGAGGAGCUCCUCCGGUACGUGGGCCAUGUGUGCCGCAAGCUGAAGCGCCGUGGCCUCCGCCUCUAUGCCCGCUGGCAGAGCCGCUGGCGCAAGAAGGUGGACCCCAGCGGCGUGCCGCACGGCCAGGGCGCUGGGUGGCGGCCACGGCGGGCGGGAGGGCGCGCCACCUCCAUCCACCAUCUUGUGUACCACCACCACCACCACCACCACCACCACUACCACUUCAGCCAUGGCAGCCCACGCCGGCCAGGCCCCGAGCCAGGCGGUGGUGACACCAGGCUGGUGCGGGCCGGAGCACCUCCCUCGCCCGGACAUGGGCCCCCUGACGCUGAGUCAGUGCACAGCGUGUACCAUGCAGACUGCCACGUGGAGGGGCCACAGGAGAGGGCCCGGGCGGCACAUGCUGUGGCCACUGCCGCCGCCGGCCUCAAGCUGGCAACUGGGCUGGGCACCAUGAACUACCCCACCAUCCUGCCCUCGGCCACAGGCAGUGGCAAAGGUGGCCCCGGGCCCAAGGGGAAGCGUCCUGGUGGACCCCUGGGAGCCGGGGGGCACAGCCCACUGAGCCUGAGCAGCCCCGACCCCUGCGAGAAGAUCCAGCAUCUGGUUGGGGAGCACGGACUGGGCCAGGCCCCCAGCCGUCUGUCAGGCCUGAGCGUGCCCUGCCCCCUGCCCAGCCCCCAGGCGGGCACGCUGACCUGUGAGCUGAGUAGCUGCCCGUACUGCACCAGCGCCCUGGAGGACCCCGAGCUGGAGUUCAGCGACUCAGACAGCGGAGACUCGGACAGCAACGGGGUCUACGAAUUCACACGGGAUGUGCGGCACGGAGACCGCCGUGACCCCAUGCAGCCACCCCCAGCGGCGGACACGCCAGGCUCAGGAGGAACGCGGCGGAGCGCACAGCGGCGGGCAGUGGCAGGCGAGCAGGGAGGGCUGGGCCGCGUCUGGGCCUCCUUUAGCGGCAAGCUGUGCCGCAUCGUGGACAGCAAGUACUUCAACCGCGGCAUCAUGGUAGCCAUCCUCACCAACACGCUGAGCAUGGGCAUCGAGUACCAUGAGCAGCCUGACGAGCUGACCAACGCCCUGGAGAUCAGCAACAUCGUGUUCACGAGUAUGUUUGCCCUGGAGAUGCUGCUGAAGCUGCUGGCCUUUGGUCCGCUGGGCUACAUCCGGAAUCCCUACAACAUCUUCGAUGGCAUCAUCGUGGUCAUCAGCGUGUGGGAGAUCGUCGGGCAGGCGGACGGCGGGCUGUCGGUGCUGCGCACCUUCCGGUUGCUGCGCGUGCUCAAGCUGGUGCGCUUCCUGCCCGCGCUGCGGCGCCAGCUGGUGGUGCUCAUGAAGACCAUGGAUAACGUGGCCACUUUCUGCAUGCUGCUCAUGCUGUUCAUCUUCAUCUUCAGCAUCCUCGGAAUGCACCUGUUUGGCUGCAAAUUCAGCCUGAAAACAGACACUGGAGACACGGUCCCUGACAGGAAGAACUUUGACUCCCUGCUGUGGGCCAUCGUCACCGUGUUCCAGAUCCUCACCCAGGAGGACUGGAACGUUGUCCUCUACAACGGCAUGGCCUCCACCUCCUCCUGGGCUGCCCUCUACUUCGUGGCCCUCAUGACCUUUGGCAACUACGUGCUCUUCAACCUGCUGGUGGCCAUCCUUGUGGAGGGCUUCCAGGCGGAGGGUGACGCCACCAGGUCCGACACAGAUGAAGACAAGACCUCCACCCACUUGGAGGAGGACUUGGACAAGUUCAGAGACCUCAGGGGCACAGAGAUGAAGAUGUACUCGCUGGCGGUGACCCCCAACGGGCACUUGGAGGGCCAGGCCAGCCUACCCCCUCCCCUCAUCAUGCGCACGGCAGCCACACCCAUGCCCACCCCCAAGAGCUCCCCACACCUGGAUGCGGCCCCUGGCCUCCUGGACUCACGGCGUGGCAGCAGCAGCUCCGUGGACCCCCAGCUGGGGGACCAGAAGUCUCUGUCCAGCCUCCGCAGCUCGCCCUGCACCCACUGGGGCCCCAACAGCGCCUGGAGCAGCCGGCGCUCCAGCUGGAACAGCCUGGGCCGCGCACCUAGCCUCAAGCGCAGGAGCCAGUGCGGGGAGCGUGAGUCGCUGCUGUCCGGCGAGGGCAAGGGCAGCGGCAGCACAGACGAGGAGGCCGAGGACAGCAGGCCUGGUGUGGGAGCCUCGCCAGAUACACGUGCCACACUGCUGCGGCGCACCGAGUCCCUGGACCACCGCAGCACGCUUGACCUGCGGCCCCUGCGGCCAGCUGCCCUGCUGCCCACCAAGCUCCACGACUGCAACGGGCUGGCCCUGCCCAGCGAGUUAUUCCUGCGCAUCGACAGCCACAAGGAGGACACGGCUGAGUUUGACGAUGAUGUGGAGGAUAGCUGCUGCUCCCGCCUGCAGAAAGUGCUGGAGCCCUACAAGCCCGAGUGCUGUCGGAGCCGCGAGCCCUGGGCCCUGUACCUCUUCUCCCCACAGAACAGGUUCCGCAUCUCCUGCCAGAAGAUCAUUGCUCACAAGAUGUUUGAUCACGUUGUCCUGGUCUUCAUCUUCCUCAACUGCAUCACGAUCGCCCUGGAGAGGCCCGACAUUGACCCCGGCAGCACCGAGCGCGUCUUCCUCAGCAUCUCCAACUACGUCUUCACGGCGAUCUUCGUGGCCGAGAUGAUGGUGAAGGUGGUGGCCCUGGGCCUGGUCUCUGGUGAGCAUGCCUACCUGCAGAGCAGCUGGAACAUACUGGAUGGGCUGCUGGUCCUGGUGUCCCUGGUUGACAUCAUCGUGGCCAUGGCGUCAGCCGGUGGUGCCAAGAUCCUGGGCAUCCUGCGUGUGCUGCGCCUGCUGCGGACACUGCGGCCCCUGCGGGUUAUCAGCCGUGCCCCAGGCCUCAAACUGGUGGUGGAGACUCUGAUAUCGUCACUCAGGCCCAUCGGCAACAUUGUCCUCAUCUGCUGUGCCUUCUUCAUCAUCUUCGGCAUCCUCGGGGUGCAGCUCUUCAAGGGGAAGUUUUACUACUGCGAGGGCGCUGACACCAGGAACAUCUCCACUAAAGCCGAGUGCUGGGCUGCGCACUACCGCUGGGUGCGACGCAAGUACAACUUCGACAACCUAGGCCAGGCGCUGAUGUCCCUGUUCGUGCUCUCAUCCAAGGACGGCUGGGUGAACAUCAUGUACGACGGGCUGGACGCCGUGGGCAUAGACCAGCAGCCGGUGCCCAACCACAACCCCUGGAUGCUGCUCUACUUCAUCUCCUUCCUGCUCAUCGUCAGCUUCUUUGUGCUCAACAUGUUCGUGGGCGUCGUGGUGGAGAACUUCCACAAGUGCCGGCAGCACCAGGAGGCCGAGGAGGCGCGGCGGCGGGAAGAGAAGCGGCAGCGGCACCUGGAGAGGAAACGCAGGAGCACUUUCCCCAACCCAGAGGCCCAGCGCCGGCCCUACUAUGCGGACUACUCACCCACGCGUCGCUCCAUCCACUCGCUGUGCACCAGCCACUAUCUGGACCUCUUCAUCACCUUCAUCAUUGGCGUCAACGUCAUCACCAUGUCCGUGGAGCACUAUAACCAGCCCAAGUCUCUGGACGAGGCCCUCAAGUACUGCAAUUAUGUGUUCACCAUCGUCUUCGUCUUUGAGGCCCUGCUGAAGCUGGUGGCGUUUGGGUUCCGGAGGUUUUUCAAGGACAGGUGGAACCAGCUGGACCUGGCCAUCGUCCUGCUGUCCAUCAUGGGCAUCACACUGGAGGAGAUAGAGAUGAACGCGGCGCUGCCCAUCAACCCCACCAUCAUCCGCAUCAUGCGGGUGCUCCGCAUCGCCCGCGUGCUGAAGCUGCUCAAGAUGGCCACGGGUAUGCGGGCCCUGCUGGACACCGUGGUUCAGGCGCUGCCCCAGGUAGGGAACCUCGGCCUGCUUUUCAUGCUCCUGUUUUUUAUCUAUGCUGCCCUGGGAGUGGAGCUGUUUGGGAGGCUCGAGUGCGGUGAGGACAACCCCUGCGAGGGCCUGAGCAGACACGCCACCUUCUCCAACUUUGGCAUGGCUUUCCUCACACUGUUCCGCGUGUCCACGGGGGACAACUGGAACGGGAUCAUGAAGGACACGCUGCGGGAGUGUGCCCGUGAGGACAGGCACUGCCUCAGCUACCUGCCGGCCAUCUCGCCCAUCUACUUCGUCACCUUCGUGCUGGUGGCCCAGUUCGUGCUGGUCAACGUGGUGGUGGCCGUGCUCAUGAAGCACCUGGAGGAGAGCAACAAGGAGGCCCGCGAGGAUGCCGAGCUGGACGCGGAGGUCGAGCUGGAGAUGGCGCAGGGGCCCUCUGCCCGCCCCAGGCCCACGGCCCCGCCAAGCCCGGGUGCCUCGCCGGACGCCCCCAACCUGCUGGUCGUGCGCAAGGUGUCUGUGUCCAGGAUGCUCUCACUGCCCAACGACAGCUACAUGUUCCGGCCCGUGGCACCCGCUGCGGCCGCUCAUCCCCACCCGCUGCAGGAGGUGGAGAUGGAGACCUACGCGGGCGCCUCGGGCACCUCGGGCCCAGUCACCGCCCACUUGCCGCCUGUGGAGUCCUGCCCAUCCCUCCAGGUCCCGUCGGCUAUGUCCUCCCCGGCCAGGGGCGGCGACACCCACCGUGCCCUGACCCCUCUGGGUGCAGCCCGCUCCCCUAGUCUCAGCCGGCUGCUCUGCACACAGGAGGUAGUCUGCACAGAGUCCCUAGAAGGGCAGGUCGAUAGUCCCAGGGACAGCAGCCCGGGCUGGGGAGAGCCUGGUGGGAAGACCCCUGUGAGGCAGGCGCCCCCGCGGCCCCCCAGCAUCCGCAUCCGCAAGCACACUUUGGGACAGAACUACGUCUCCAGCCGGCCACCGGCCCUGGGCGCAGAGGAGGCCGAGACCCCAGACCCGGCUGACGAGGAGGUCAGCCACAUCACCAGCUCUGCCCACAGCCCCUCGGCCUCACCUGCUGCCCGUGGGGUGGUGGGCGGUGAGCCAGACCUGCACAGGUUCUACAGUGUCAAUGCCCAGGGCUUCCUGGACCAGCCAGGCUGGGCGGACGAGCAGAGGCGGCCCUCCGUGGAGCAGGGCUGUGGGGACAGCCGCCCAGAGACCGGGGAGGUGAAGACCCGGGCCCUGGAGGCCGAGCUGGCCCUGGGGGCACGCAGGAAGAAGAAGAUGAGCCCCCCCUGCAUCUCCAUAGAGCCCCCCACGGAGGACGAGGGUGCGGCCCGGGCCCCUGCAGCGGAGGGCGGUAGCACCACCCUGCGGCGGAGAACCCCAUCCUGCGAGGCUGUGCCCCACAGGGACCCCCUGGAGCCCACAGACAGUGCAGGGUUGGACACUGCUGCCAAGGGGGAACGGCGGGUCCAGGUCCCCUGCCGCACGGAACACCUGACCAUCCCAAACUUUGCCUUUGAGCCGCUGGAUGUGGGGGGCCCCAGGGGGGACCUGUUCUUGGAUGGUAGCCAUGGUGUCGCCCCAGAGCCCAGACCUUCCUCCUCAGGCAUCACGGCACCUCCCGAACCCCAGCAGACGGAGCCUCCAGUGGCCUCGGGAGACCCCCCAGAGGAGGGGUGGGGGCUGCACCUCACAGUCCCUGAGAGCCCACCGAAGAAAGGGUCCACACCAGCCCUGGGUGACAGUGUGGACAAGCCCGUGUAGCUCGGGGUGCAGUGCCCACAGGCUUUGGCCCUGGGGUUGGGGUGCACCCAGCAGGGUGGUGGCCCAGGCAGGGUUACGCGUGGACCCUGGGUCCGGCCCCACUGAAGGCAAAGGUGCCAGAAGGAUGUCAGCCCAGGGAGAAGGAGGCAGAUGCUGUUGUGGGCGAAGUGGAGCAGGGGGAGCCCACAGCCCGAAGCCUCAGUUAAAGUUUGGGAUUUCCGAGUUUGCUGCCAUGGUCCCAGGCCGUGCCAGUAGCCUGGUCAGCAGUCCCAUAACGAGAGCUAUGUCCAAGGGACAAGGACCAGAGAACACCAAAAGUAGAAAGGCAGAGGCCACCUAGCAGAGCCCCAUUCUCACAUCUGCUUAUUUUUAUACAUGCUUAGGGCCGUUUAUGCCCUCCAGCUUCAUCCCCAAGGCCACCGUGGUCACGCUUCACGUUGCUCACAGUUUGAGUUCUCAUCCAUUUGUCUCCACUGCUCAUUGCUGUCUCAUCCCCCCUCCAAUACCCACUGCCCACCGUUCUGUCCCCCUCAGGAUUCCGGAGAAUGCCCUUGACUCCGGUCUCCGGGAAACAGCUGGUCACCAGGGAGUGGGGACCAUGCAAUAAGACCCUCACUGCCCGUGGGGCUUGGGCCGAGAGUUUCAGCUGAUGCCCCCUUGUCUCAUUUUGUUUCUGUUAUAAAUUCAGGUUAAACAUUUGCAAUAAUCCGAUGCAGAAAACUCGGCUUCUCAAGCCAAGGGGAGGGGAGGGGGGCA